CAAUGUGUAACAUCAGCGAAGGCAAAUUAAGCUCCGCCCUUGGGAGGGCUGGGCAAGGACGUGACGCGAUGACGUCGUGCGUGCGGUGGUGAUGGCCUGUAAGCUGGAGGGCCGAGGGGAAUGCUGACCGACACAACCGAUUCCAUCCGCUGGGCUUCCGUCCUCGAACUGAACGGCACCGAGGCUUCGACCACCAGAGUGCCCCACGCUCGGUCCAUUAACACUAAAGAGUAUGACUCUGUCUUGUACGGUCCAGUGGUGGAUUUUUCCUACAGAAAUCUGGAUGCCCUACCUGAUGCCCUGAAGCUAACCCCACGGACGGGCCUGAGGCCGAAUGAGUACACAGAGGAUCAGAAAUUGAAGAGCUGCUCACUUCGGCUGAGCCACAACAAGCUGACUGAUCUGAGCGGGUUGGAGCAGCUGAUCAGCACAGUGCUGGUGGAGCCCCAGCGACUGUUCUGGAUCGACCUCUCCUUUAACAACUUCCUCAAAAUCGACCCUGUCCUGAUUCUUUGCAUCAACCUACAAGUGCUGAACUUCCAUGGGAACCAGGUGGGCGAGCUGUUCGAGGCCGACAAACUGGCGUCACUGCCACACCUCCGCAGCCUGACCUUACACGGCAACCCCAUGGAGAUGCUGAAGGGAUACAGGAGCUACAUCGUGGGGAUUAUCCCUCAGUUGAAGUCACUGGAUUACAGCACCAUCACCAAGCAGGACCGCUCCACUGCAGCCGUACUCAAGUCGUUCACCAAACAGAAGCGGCCUGCCCGGAGAAGAUACCACGAGUAGAUGCAGCAAGAGACGACUGGCCUUCCAACUGGGUUCCAUCAGAACGUUCCCCAGUUCCCAGCCUGGGACCAGAAAAGGGAACGUUCUGGUUUGCCCAGAAUUAAUCUUAAUUAAAAGUCAGGUUGAUUGUUAACUAGGUUAUUCAUUUAUUUGUUUCCAGUUUAUGGAACUUGGUUUGUACCCUUCUCUUUCGCUAUUUAAGUGUUUGUCUGACAACUUCUCAGUGUGUGUCCAAGCAGAAAUGUAAGUGGUGUUUAAAGCUUUUUCGAUAGACGUGGAAUGGAGGGUAUUGAUCGUGGGGAAGCAGGUGGGGUUGAGCACUGUGUUAGUCACCGACAUUGUGGGCCUCUGCUGUAUCGCUCUGUUCUGUAAUGUGCUGUCCUGUUCUAUUUGCUGUGUUCCUGUGAUUUAUUGUUCUGUGUUUGCGUGUUUUACAGUUGUGUUCUAUGCCUCUAUCACUCCUAAAGACAAUUUCCUGAGUUAUCCUCAAAGUCCCUACCCCUCAGUGUGAAUUCUGGCUACGAGCUGUUUUUUUCUGUUACAUUCAGGAUAUAGACAUUGCUGGUGAAGUCCGUGUGUACAACCCAUCUGUAACUGUCCUCACGAAGACAGAGGUGAGUGCGCAUCUGAGCAGGUGUGGUCCUGCUGGUGAAGGCCAGCCCGUCAUAUUGGCCUGUCACCACAAGGUGCAUUGUGGUGGGGGCACACACAAGCGUGUUGUUACCUGUGCCAACUGCCCUUGUUCUUGGUGCUAGAGAAAUUGAGAUUCAGAUCUAUUUUGCUGGCCUUCGAGCAUGGAGUGGAGCAGUGAUGUCCGCCUGAAACAGCAUUAUGGUCUGGUGGUCGAGGGACUGAGUGUUUGAGGUGGUGGAUGAAAAACUGAUCAGAACAUCGAACCUUUCGCCGAAAAAUUACUCAAACUGGCAAUUUCCUUUUCCUGAGCAACACGCACAAAAUGCUGGGGGAACUCAGCAGGUCAGGCAGCAUCUAUGGAAAUGAAUAAACCAUCGACAUUUCAGGCUGACACCGAGAAUUAUUAUUAGAAUUAUUCUGGCAUCUUCCUUCCCAGUCCUGAAGAAUGGUGUUGGCCAGAAACAUCGACUGUUUAUUCAUUUCCAUUGAUGCUGAGUUCCUCCAGCAUUUUGUGCUCGUUGCUCUGGAUUUCCAGCAUCUGCAGAGUCUUGAGUCUACAACUUCCUGUUCCUUCUCAUAGGACAAAUAUUCAAGCCCUUCCUCGUUAUAUACUCCCACUUUCCAACACCCACUGGGACAGAGAAUUCCACGGAUCUGCCACCCUAUCAGAUGUUUCUACGAACCUCAGUUUGAAAUACCUGUGGUCGUGUUCCCUGUGAAACUCUCCCAUUCGUGAGGGCAUAGAUCACUACAGCACUGGGUGGGUCAUUUGGCCAACAAUAUGUCAAUCUUGAACUAAUUUAUACCAGAAGUCCUCCUCCUGUGAACAGGGACUCACUCUUCACGAUGGCGACACAAGAUGCUGGAAAUCCAGAACAACACACACAAUGUGCCAGAACAACUCAGCAGGUCAGGCAGCAACAAUGGAGAGGAAUGGACAGUUGACAUUUUGGGUCAAGACCCCAUCUACUCAUUCAGCUCUGAGGAAGGGUCUCCACCUGAUACAUCAGCUGUCCAUUACUCCCAGAGAUACCACCAGUUUCUGAGCUCUCUCCAGAAAAAGAGUUUCUCCAGUAUUUUGUUAGUUAUUCCCCAGGCGGCGGAAGGUUUUGAGAGGGAACUGAUUUGCUAAUAGUUUGGAAAAAAGGUCAUGAAUCACAUGGGCUGAAUGGCCUGUUUAAGCUGUAUUUGUUACAGAACUACAGUUUCAGGUCUUAGGCAAUCACCUUCCCCCUUCCUCUUUCUCAAUCCAACUGCAAACGUUCCUGCGACCCAGCCACCACUGCUCAUUGGGUAAGCCUGGAGAGACUCCGCAAGUCAGGCAGCAUCUUUCAAGGGAAGUGGACAACUCCUGUCUCAAUGUGAAAUCUUCACCGUUCAUUUCCCUCUGCCGAUGCUGGCUAAGCUGCUAAGUUCCUUCAGCUUCUUGCCUGUUAUGAUUUGGGCAAGACCAAUGCUUGACAGAUACAGCCUGACUCAUCCAUAUACUGGAUCGAGGAGGAAGGAAGAUUAUCCAAAUGGUAGCUGAUAGGAAAAGGCUGAGGCUUUAUAAAGACCACACUUACAAGGAAGGGAUGUGUUCGCAUUGGACUGCUAGAGGAGAUUCACGAGAAUGAAAGGGUUAAUGUAUGAGGAGCGCUUGAUGGCUCUGGGCUUGUCCUCACUGGAGUCUAGAGGAAUGGGGGAAGGAAUCUCAUUGAAACCUGUCAAAUUAUUUAAUAAGGCACAGGCCCUUCUGGCUGCACCACCCAGCAAACCCCCAAUUUAAUCCUCGCCUAAUCACGGGACAAUUUACAAUGACUAACUUCGGGCUGUAGGAGCAAGCUCGUGGUCACAGAGGAUGUACAGGAAGCAGCAGGAAUUGGACCCAGGUUACUGGUACUGUAAUAGAGUGGUGCUAAUCGCUACACUGACAUCCCACACCAGUUACAAUUAUCUGUUGAGUAAAAUCAAUUGAAAUUUGAAAAAAAAAAUUAAAUACGCUCAGUGGCAACUUUAUUAGGUACAGUAGUGGAGCUUAGUGUUGUCUUCUGUAGCCUAUCCACUACAACGUUCAAUGAGUUAUGCCUUCAGGGAUGCUCUUUUGCAUAUCACUGUUGUAACGCGUGGUUAUUUGAGCUACUGUCAACUUGAACCAGUUUGGCCAUUCUCCUCUGACCUCUAGAUGUUUUCUCCCACAGAACAACUGCUCAUUGGAUUUUUUUUUUUGAUUUUCAUUGUAAACUAGAGACUUGUGCGUGAAAAUGCCAGAUGAUCAGCAGUUUCUGAGAUACUCAAACCGCUCUGUCUGGCACCAACAAUCAUUCCAAGGUCAAAGUCAUUUAUGUAGAUCAUAUUUCUUCCCCAUUCUGAUGUUUGGUCUGAACAACUGAACCUCUUGACCAUGUCUGGAUGCUUUUAUGUAUUCAGUUGCUGCCACGUGAUUGGCUGAUUAGAUAUUUGCAUUAAGGGGUACAGGUGUACCUAAUACAGUGGCCACUGAGUAUAUGGUUUGAUGUACCUGUGACAGGUAAAGCUACUCUCCAUCUUAUCUGGAACAAGUUAAAUAGAGAGACUAUCACAUUUUGAUCAAAGCACUUCCUAGCCAGAGACCUCCACAGACUCUCCCAUCAUGAAGUGUGAGCAGGCAGACCAAGCUGAUGUAUUUGUGAAGUUUAUUUUUGAUCCAGACAGGGUGAAUUCAGCGCAUCUUACUCAACUUGUGAUUCCAAGUGAUACCAGUUAAAUGUUGUAACAUCUGUCCCCACCUCCCACCCCCAAGGAAGCAGCCCCUUCCAUUGCCCUGGUGAUGUGCUGAGUGUCUAGUUGGUGUGCAAAUGGAUUGCCACCCUGUUAUAUAACUGUGAAGUCAUCACAGUGUGUCCCCAAGUUGGUCACCGUCCAAGAGAUGCAGGAAGGAGAAUCACUGGAGGUGGACAGGUGACUUUGCCCCCUCAGACCUCAGGGACGGGGGGGGGGGGGCAAAGGUCUCUGCACUUCCGUGUGUAAAACAGCAGAGGUUUGAGCAGAUGCUGCAGAAGAAAUUAAAAACUUGAUUCACUUGAUUUAGAACAUCCUUGACAACAUUUAACUACUUCACACAGUCACUGCUGUGAGGAAUGUAUUUUCAUACACAGCUGGACCCCCAAAAAAAUACUCUGAUCCACGCUUAAAUGUCACUGAUGGAUAAAUAUGGGCCUCAACGUGAUGCUCUACACUCAAAUAGGGCUUUAUUCAGGAACAGACAGGCUGCCCUUCACUGUCUCAAUCCAGGAACAGACAGAUUCCCCUUCACCGUCUCAAUCCAGGAACAGACAGACUCCCCUCCACCGUCUCAAUCCAGGAACAGACAGACUCCCCUCCACCGUCUCAAUCCAGGAACAGACAGACUCCCCUUCACUGUCUCAAUCCAGGAAUCCAGGAACAGACAGAUUCCCCUUCACCGUCUCAAUCCAGGAACAGACAGACUCCCCUUCACCGUCUCAAUCCAGGAACAGACAGGCUGCCCUCCACCGUCUCAAUCCAGGAACAGACAGACUCCCUUUCACCGUCUCAAUCCAGGAACAGACAGGCUGCCCUCCACCGUCUCAAUCCAGGAACAGACAGACUCCCUUUCACCAUCUCAGCCCAAAAGACAAGAUGUUCAAAAAGAGCUGGGUUCCAGAACCAGUUGAGAACAUUCACUCGCUGCCUGCUCUUCCCACCUCCGGUGCGGGGACUGAAGCUCAUUGUCAAGGGACUGAUACAGAAAUGAUUCUGUGGUACCUCUAGAUCAAAUGACAUGACGGAUGCCAAUACUUCAAGAGGCAAGUGUUGGGAGUUAACAAGCCAAAUGGAGGAAAGGUGCAACAGGGCCUUCCAUCAACUCAUCUUCAAAUCCAAUUUUAUUUGGUUAAAACAAAAAAGAGAAUGACAUCACAUCUCUCUGAGAUCCAUCAAAACAGCAAAGCUGCUCAUGUCUGCCCUGCCGUGUUGCACACUAACAUGACCCUCAUUGUCUCAAUUAGAAUGCAGGUGCAGGAAAGGGAAAGAUAAUAACGGAAAAAAUCUAAACUAUAAAGUUUUCUCACCUGAGAAGAGUUGGGGGCGGGGGGGGGGGAGAGACGAAAAAACCAGAGAAUAAAUCGGCUAAUCCAAUUAAACGUUGGAAGCAGGCUGGUUUGUGGCCUUAUUUUCUGACAGUUCUUUCAGCUCCAGGGACCUGUUAUCCUUAACCGAGCAGGAAGAUAUCUCAUUAUUGAACGCAAAGCCAUCAGAAUGCAGAGUAAACACGUCAAUAAACGCCAGGUGAUUGGUCACUACACUGACCUCGUGCCCAGUUAGCUAGGUCAAAUUUUUGCAGAUUGCCUCACCCUGAGCCUUGAGAGUCACCAACACCCGUGAAAGAGUGAACAGUGCAAGUUGAACUUCACCCCCCUUCCUGGAGAAGCAUCUCUCAAAGCUGUUGCAAAUUGGAUCCCAUGUUAACAGCUGACUAAAAUACUCAGUUUGUAGGGCAAUCUGUGGAGAUUAGAUGGCAAGGAGAAAAAUCGAUUCAAACAUUAAAUUUAAAGUUGAAAUAUUAAGUUUAAACUAAACUCCUGGAAACAGUGGUCAGCUGUGGAAGGUGGAACAUGAUAAGAUGAAGACCCAAGUCACUUUACUGUUGAUCUCCUGGAACCAGGGCUGAAAACCUGUUGUCCUUUACAGUUAUCUGUUGCCGCACUCCAUUCUAACCUCUCCAAUCCCAGAAAGGGCCCAGUGAAGUAACAUCAUCAUAUCUUCCCCUCGCUCAGAGCCCACUCCCAGGACUACAGCCUCUGUCAACAGUCCGACUGAAUUAAGAGACUGCAUUAAAACUACUCAGAAUUGAGGGGGGGGCAGUGUUGACCACUGAGCCAUCGAAUGUGUAAUGAUGGAGGGGGAGUUUCAAAGAGCUUUUGAGGGAAUGAGAGACUGUCAUACAAUUUCUGCCCCUUGGAUCCAGCUCCACCUUUCAAUCCUAUCACUGCAGAUAGAACAGGUGAACUGGGGCAACUGCAGGAACCCUCUCAGCUUCACGUUUUAUGUAUCUGUGGUUAUCAUCACCAGGACUUCAGAGAGGACUGAGUGACUUUUUAAAACGACUGACGUGGUAAGGUGUUCUCUGGUAGCCCUGAGUGCAGGAGCAACGGUCAUACCAGUACGAGAAAUUAGAACAGUGCAUUCAACUGCAGAAGGCCCUGCCAUUAAUCGACAUCUUCUUGCAACAAUCCUGAAACAGGAAUUUGGAUCCCAAUUCACAGCAGAUUUCCUACACUCCAUCCACAACAAUGCAGCCCAGAAGCCAAGGCAAAACUCACCAUCUGACUGAACACAGCCAGUGCAGAGUAGAGGAGAUUCGCAUCCGUACAGAUGGCAAGUCCUCUCUCACACACACACACACACACACACACACACACACAUGCAAAGCCACCAGGGAGAGGUGGUGACAGGGUCAUUCACAGCAGCUCUGCACCAGCUACCGGUAACCUACGGCAAUGUUCACACAACCCCUCUCCCCUACUCCCUCCCCACACCAGAGGCAAGGGCAAAAAGAAAACACAAUCAACUCCAAAUAUAUUCACAAGUUACAUCUCUCAGAUCUUCGGAAACAGCCAUUGUUAGAAUUCAUCGAGAAAAACAAAUCUGAAACAGUAAUUAUGAAACCAAUACCUUGAGACAGAAAAAGCCUGUCACAAGGACUAAAGACGUGACGUGCUCAUUCAGUCAGAAUGAUCUGCUGCUCCUCAGGGUGAACAGACACUUGAUUGGUCAUUGAAUAGCAGGGGGUGGCAGAGGAAUAAACAAAAACAGACAGCUAUUUAAGAGCUGCAAAGUGUUUCAUAAAGUCUGCCAAUGUCGUAAAUCACACUGACAAAAAAAAAAGGA